GUCACUCUGGACGUGCUGAGGGAAGGCAGCGUGUCCACCAAGGGUCCCAGAGGCGGAGUCUUCGUCAUGUACAACUGUGCUCGGCUGCACACCCUAUUUGACAGCUACGAGCGAGGUGUGGAGAAAGGUGAGACGGGGGACACGCAAGGCAACAGGAUGAUGAUGGAUAUGAUGAUGUCAUUAAGCAGACGUGACUGACUUGAUAAUGCCGUGUUCAAAACAACUGGGAAAUAUCCGACUUCUGACCUCAGUGCGUUCAAAACAACUGGGAACUGUGAAAUAAAUUAGCUCCAACUGAGAAAAAUGUAUUUGAACGGUCAUCCAACUCGGAAAACGGGCCUCUUUCUAGAGCUCCGACCUGAAGAUCACUGACGUCAUGAUUUGACCUUGUAUUUUUCCGAGCUCCCAGUUGUUUUGAACGCACCAUUAUCCAAAGUGACCCACGCCACAUACACACUACAGUAUGUGGCCUAUGUUGUAGUCAAACCAGAGCUUCCUCAUCCAACUGUGCCAUCUGAACCACACAGUUGUAUAUACAUUUGUCAUACGCUCUUAUCCAGAGUGACUUAUAGGAGCAAUUAGGGUUAAGUGCCUUGCUGAAGGGUGCAUCGACAGAUUUUUCACCAAGUCGGCUCGGGGAUUCGACCCAGCGACCUUUCGGUUACUGGCCCAAAGCUCUUAACCGCUAGGCUACCUGCCGCCUCUACACUGCCAUGUUCUAUACGCGUACUAGUCCAGACCACACCAAGCAAACAUGUACAUCCUAUGUUGUACUCUGUCUUUAUUGUCAUGCUGCAUGAUCAGUUCCUACUUAUUUGCAUCCUACAGGACUUUACCCUGAAAUCCCAGAGGGCUCCCAGUUGGACUUCUCAGCUCUAAAAGAAGAGGUAGGCCUAUCGUUGGUUAAAUGACUCCUCCACAGCACGAGCUACAGGGCCUGUAUUCACAAAGUGUCUCAGAGUAGGUGUGCUGAUCAAGGAUCAGUUUAGUCUGUUAGGUCAUUAUAUGGAUGGGGCACAGGGGGCUGCUGAUGGGAGAACAGCUCACAAUAAUAUCCGGAGCGAAUGGAAUGGCAUCAAACACCUGGAAACCAUGAGUUUGAUGUAUUUGAUACAUUCCACUAAUUCCGCUCCAGUCAUUACCACAAGCCCGUUCUCCCAAUUAAGGUGCCACCAACCUCCUGUGGGAUGGGGGGGGGGCCUGAUCCUGGAUUCUUCCUAGCACUUCUACUCUGAGGUGCUUUGUGAAUAUGGGCCUAGAUGUGUUUCAUUUUUACUCUGGUCCUCUAGAGAUCGCUGUUCUCGACAGUCAUGGUGUCUCUUCCUGUUUCAUAGGGGGAGUGGCUUCUUCUGUUCAAUUACCUCAUUCCAUUCUCGGAGCUUCUCGACCAAACAGGACAGACGUUGGAGUGUGAUGGAGGAGGGGCCAGAGUCAACCUGAAGACUGAACAGGUGAGAUGUAAAAAUGUAUAUAAGUGCAAUGAAAUAUCAGUUGAUAUAGAUAAAUGAAUGCUCAUAUAAUGUAUGUUUAAUGUGUGUGCAAUGUGUCUCCCAGAUCUGCAAGUUCCUGGUGUCCCUCAGUAAGGAUUUUAGCUCCUAUUACAACAGAGUCCACGUCCUUGGGGUGAGCACUCCCUCAUUUUGCCGCUAUGAUUGUCUGUCCUGUCUGUCCGUCCGUCCGUCUGUGUUGAGGGUGGGGGUAGUUAAAUUAGGUUAGGUUUAAUGGGAGACUGCUCUUAGUGUAAUUACAGCAUGUGGUCUCGCAGUAUGUAUAAUUAAAUAUAUGUUUGCAUGUGUGAUGCCCCCCGAUGUUUGACACAUUGUGUUAAUAGCCUAUCACCGACCAUACCAGGCCUGAAAACAUGGUGUACUGACAGACAGUACAGAUGAUUUUGAUUUCAACUGAUUAAAGUUCACACCAAGUUCAGUCCAUAACCCCUGCCCCCUCUUUUUCAAUCUGUCUCUCUCUAACCCCAUCUCUACCCCCCUCUACAGGAGCCGUUGCCUCACCUCUUCAAUCAGAUGUUCUGUCGGCUGCAGUUGUUAAGAGCACUGAGAGAGCUCUACCAUAGCGCACUGGACACUCUUCACCUUCCUCCCAUUCCACAGCUAUAG